GCUCCCUCGCCACAAUUUCCUUCCCUAUAUUCAUCACUAAAAAAUAAAAUAAAUAAUAGUUAUGAUUUUUUAAUCCAUAAACAAAAAAUAAAAAACUUGAAACUAAAGAUUUCAAGUAAGACUAUCUUGAAGUAUAGUCAUCAUCACUAUCGUCUAGUCACAGUUAAAUUUAAAUAAAAAUUCCAUUGUAAAUUCUGAAAAUAAUUGUUAAUUAAAUUAAACGGAGAGAGUAAUUUCGCUGUGAGAUAAAAUCCACAAUCAGAUAUCAGUUGCUCACCAAUGAGUGAGGGGAGUGGUUGGCAAAGACAAAACCGUGGAACACGAUCAAGAAUCAGACAUUGUUUUACAUCAACCAGAAGGAUCAUAUUACUCCCACCUUGCACCCAAAUUUCAAACGCAUUAUUUAUCACGGAGCACUACGGAAUCGCCGGAUAUAGCCAUGGGGCUCGACUUCCUGGCCGACGGAGGUGCCGACUUCGAACAUGCCAUCACCGUCACAGGUUUUGGUAAAUUCCACUACAUGCUGCUGACUAUUUGCGGCCUAAUUUACAUGGAUACAGCGAUAGGAGUAACAAUAAUAUCAUUCGUUCUACCUGCAGCACAAUGCGACCUUCAAAUGGAUUCAACAUCCAAAGGAUGGCUCACGGCAUCGCCCAUGUUCGGAAUGGUAAUAGGGUCAUAUUUUUGGGGAUGUCUGGCUGAUACGAAAGGUCGUAAAGUGGUUCUUAUCGCAACUUUAAUGAUGGAUGGAAUAGUAGGAGUUAUAUCUUCUUUUGUUCAACAUUUUUGGGCUUUUUUGAUCUUUAGAUUCUUCAAUGGAUUUGCGAUAACUGGAGCAAUGGGAAUAUGCUUCCCAUACUUGGGCGAAUUCCAACCUACAAAAUAUCGUGAGAAGAUACUAUGCUGGAUGGAAAUGUUUUGGACUAUUGGUGUUAUUGCCUUGCCAUUGAUUGCUUGGUUAAUAGUACCUUUAGACUUCACUUAUUCAUCCGAUUCUUUUUAUUUCAAAUCAUGGAAUCUCUUCGUUGCUCUAUGUGCACUUCCUUCACUCACAUUAUCGCUCUGGCUGUUUGCCUUUCCCGAGAGCCCGAAAUUUCUUCUCGAGUGCGGCGAAACUGAUAAAGCAUUAGAAGUUUUUAGAUGGAUCUAUUCCCAAAACACAGGACAAGAAAUGGAAUCAUAUCCUGUUAAAUCAUUACAAGAAAAGUCAAAUCCAAAAGAUAUUAGUACAAGGACUCUGAGGUUACAUAAACAUAAAGAAUUAAAAGUUCUUUGUUCAGAAGUUUGGGAACUUACAAAAGCAUUGUGUAAACCUCCUUAUCUUCGUAAUACUGCUCUUGCUUGCGCAAUACAAUUUGGGCUUACGAGCAGUUACUACACACUUAUGGUGUGGUUUCCUGAGUUAUUUACGAGGUUUGAAGAGUUUGAAGCUGAGCAUCCCGGCGAAACAACUUCAGUUUGCAUAGUUUCAUCUAUUUCACAUAAUACUACUGACACAUUCGAUUCUUAUGGAUGUGGAACAGUGAUUACAUCUGAUGUGUAUCUUCAUACUGUUUAUAUCGGACUUGCUUGUUUGCCAGGCUCAAUAAUACUUCCCAUUUUCAUUCAUAAAGUCGGUGCCAAACUUUUCAUCAUUGUUUCAUUGAUAAUUUCUGGCGCUGUUACCAUUGGAUUUUACUACGUUGUAAAUUCUGAUCAAAAUUUAAUACUGUCAUGUGUGUUUGAAGCACUUACUUCUCUAGGAAUUUCCCUUGUCUACUGUGUAAUAGUAGAUAUGUUUCCAACUAAUUUAAGGGUAAUGGCAGCAGCAUUAUCUCUUACCAUGGGGAGAUUAGGUGCGCUUGUUGGUAAUUUAGUAUUCGGAUAUCUCAUUGAUCUGGCUUGUAUAGUACCUGUCGCGCUUUUUGCGGCCUUUUUAUUCGUGUGUGGAUUACUUUCAAUCUUAUUACCACGAACUGGCAAAGAAACUUUGGAUUGAUCUAAGUAAAGAAUACGCGUCCAUUAAUAAAUUGUUACGCCUUCAACAAAUAAAAAAAAUGAAUCAAUAAUUAGAUAUACUCGCGAAUUAGUUAAUAAGCUCAAUGUACCAAAGGGAACGUAUAGCUUAUGUUUAUUUUCUAUUUUAGAUCUUUCGGGUUCAGUUUUGAACGACGUAUAAUAAUUAUAACUGUUGUUUGUUUUAUAUACUUUAUAAAAAUAGAUAUAGAUAUGAUUAAGUAGGCAAAAAUAAUAUAAUGUUAUUAAAUUUGUAUAAAAUAAUAAUAUCGCGGCGUUUGUGAGUGUGAUGGUUAUAUCAAAUAAGUAUUUAUUUGUUCUCAUAUUUUAUAGUUGUAGUUAGUGAAAUUUGUCUUUUUAAAAAUUUAACGUGCCUAUUUAAUUUAUGCUUUACUAAUUAUUAAUUUAUAGAGGAGAUCGGAUUAUUUUAAGUAUCAAAUAUUUAUAUUGAUAAUUUAUAAAAUCAUUUUUUUUUUAUUCAAGUAUUGUAGAAAAAAAAACAUUCCAAUGUGUUUUUACUUAUACUGUUUAAAUAAAAAAAUCUUUGAUUAUCAAAUUAGAUAAAGUAGAAAUUAAUAGAUAAAUAUAAAAAACGACUUUGAUCUCUU